CAAAGGAAAAAGAGAAAGAAAAAGAAAAAGAGAAGAGAAAGAGAAGGAAAAACUUAAAGAACAAAGAAAGAGAAAGAAGGAAUCUCCAUCAAAACACAAAAAAGAAAAGGAAUUAAAGCCGAUAAAGUCAGAGACUCGGUCGACACGGUCAAUUCAUCGCGCGAAAGACAAGGAGAAAAAGGAGAAGGAAUCUCCAGUUUCGUCGUCGUCAUCUCCUAAACCAGACAUAAAUCAAAUAAAGAAACCAGUAGAGGCAUCUGCUCCAGAUGUUUCUGACAACUCUACUACUUUCAAGAGCACCAGAAGGAACAAGCAGCGCACAUACAAGCCUCGAGUGGAGAGUCCUGAAGAUGGGAAGCAAUCGUCACCUCGAAGGAAACGCCCUCAUGAAGAUGCUCUCUCUGACUCAGAUGACAGUGACCAUUAUCAGGCUAAUAGACCUAGCCCUGCAUUGUACAAUAAAACUGGUCAAGGAUUGAACACAGGAAUGCCUUGUAAGAACAAGUGGUCAUCUGGGAAUCACUUGGUAUUGGAGUCUUCAAAUGAGUACAAUCCUUGUCCUAUGCCAACAACCACAAACUGCAUUUCAGCCAAGAAGCCAGAAGUCGGCAGUCCCGCUACAUCAACCACCGGCAUUGGGGACACGGAUUACCGUCAGUUCACCUCUCCUCCCAAGAGACAAGCAACUGAUGAAAAUAUUUCCCCACCAAAGGACACGAUUAUUGAUGAGAAACCGCCCGAGCCGCAUCAAGAUCUUGGACUGUUUAGUAAAAAGGAUGUGGAUUACCGGCAACUUCUACCCAGACCAGGCCUCCUGCCCACUCCGGGCCUACCUGCAGCAUUUAACAUGAUGGACCAAGAUGAUCGAAAUCCUAGCAAUAGAGAUCAGCCACCGCGUGACCCCCUUGCUCCUCUGAGCACAUCCGAAAAUCAGGAUUCUAACAUAACGCAUUCUAAAAGAGAACUUGUCCCAAUUGGAAUAGAAAGCCCACUUCCAGGUGCUGUAGAUCCGCGCAUGAGGAAACACAGCUUUAACAGCCCUCACGCAGCAUCUUGGGAGAAGUUUAGAGAGAAAAAUCCGGAGUUUAAAGAGUACCAACGGCAGGCUAGCAUGUCAGAACCGGACAGGAGUAUCUUCCUGGGUGAUGAAGAUGAGGACAUGCCUUUCUGUGAUAGUCCACAUGGGCCACCAAGUCGUGUGCAUAACUUCCGAAGCAGGACCUAUGGAAAUUGGAAAGAUGGAGGACCAGGCAGACACAGAGAUGGGAGGCGAUAUUGGGGGGAGGAAGAUGAAGAUAGUCUUGGUCCACAAGGACGGAGCAAAGCUGCACAGGAAAAUUUUAAGAUGAUUCUGAAGCAAGCACUGGAACAAAGGGAUCGCGGUGAGAUCAGUGAACACCAGUAUCAAGACAUGGCUAACAAACUGAGACUUCUGACGGAACAAGAGCAGAUCAGAGAGGCACGUGAGCGUGAGAGACUUAAACACCGAAGUUUGCAGCAGUCUCAACCUUUUCAGGCUGGUGAUGGCCCACCUGUCUCAUCUGUUGGACUGCCAUCUGGUGUGGGGAGUCUGGGUCCAGGUGGCCCUGGUCUUGGUCCGACUGCUGCUGUUCCAGGCUCAGGGCGAGGACGAGGCAGUCGGGAAGGUCACUUAAGUUUUGCUCAGGGUGUAAGAGGUGGCCGAGGUGCUUUCAUGGGGCCUGGUGCUCCUCCUGCAGCACGAGGCAUGGGAAGAGCAGGAAGAGGAGGUCCAGGAAGUGAAGAUGAUGGCUGGGGUAGAGGAAGAGGACGUGGCAGAAGGGGAAGGGGUGGAUAUCAGCAAGAUGAUCGUGGUUGGACUCCUAAAGAUGCCACGCUGGAGGAUGAGUGGACUGGAGAGCCGGAUCUACCUUUUGUUACCGAUGAGAUUCUGAAGGCUGUCGCUCGUGAUGCGGAAACAAGGACUAUCGAGAUUGAUGGCAUUCCGCGAGAGAUCCGUACUUAUGGAGAGAAUGCUGUAAUUCUUCUGGAUUGGAAUGACCCUCGUAUAUUGACAUUUGGGGAGGGACACUGUAACAUUGUUUUUGACGAAGGAAAGUUUAUGCUGCCCAUGAGAAUAGGGGACGAUUAUAAGGAAUUCACAAUUGCUGGAGAGAGUCACCGCAUAAAACUUGGGGUACCUACCCAAGAGCUAAUGCUUGAUGGUAGAGGCUACCAAUGUUUCUUUGGUGGCAAACCCAUUACUGUUCACCUGGCCGGCCAGCCUCGUACUGUCAGCCUCGAUGGAAAGCCCCCAAAUGUAAAUAUAGGUCCCGUUAGAAACACAGAAUUCCUGGCAGGUAAAAUCCAGCUUGUUAUCAAUGCAACAAAAGUGGUUCAUCUAUUCUUGGAUGCUAAGCCACAGCGGUUCAACAUUGAUGGAAAACCAUUUGUUAUUCAGUUCGUUGAUGCUCUUAGGGCAGUUGCCAUAAAUAAUGUCAGAUUCCCAGUUGAAUUUGGAGGGCUUCCUCUUAGUAUCAGCGUGCGGGGUUACAGACGUUUCUUACGUUUCACAUCACUCCCACAAGGUAUUAUCCCAGGGCAAGUGGUCAUUCGAGGGAUGGAACCCGACGGCCAGAAAGUGUCAAGUCUGCCAGGUAGUCCAGCACAGGAUAAAAUUGAAAGUGCAAUGAAACCUAAUCGUAGUUCACCUUCUCUAGAGAUGACUCGGAAGCCUCCAAUGGGUUACCCUGCUGAUAAAACUUCUAGCAAGGGUGUCGGACACCCUUCAAUGGGAAUGUCGUCCCCAUCUGACAGUGUUUUUGUUCCUCACCAAGGACCACCCCCAAAGGGGCCAGUAUCACAGGCACUUCCAGGACUUCCACCACCGAGACCUCUACAUACAGGACCUCCACCCCACGGCCUUCUGCCUCAUGGCCUACCACGCCAGGGCCUACCACAUCAGGGCCCACCACCUCAAGGUCCCCCACCUCAGGGCCCUCCACUUCAGGGUCCACCACUCCAGGGUCCACCACUACAGUGUCCACCACCUCAAGGUCCACCAUCUCAGGGUCCACCACCUCAAGUUCCUGUAUCACAUGGCCCUGGUGCCAUGAUGUCCCAAGCUCCGCCGGCUGUUCCUGCGCCGAGUGGGGUUAUGCAGGUCUCAAGUAUGGGAAGCCAAAUGCCUCAACAAAAAGGAUUGGCAGUUCCUGUUACUCUUGCGAACAUGAGUCAUCCACCUCCCAAUGCAAUACCAGGCUCGUAUAUGACCAGUCAGUUACCCCCAAAUUUGGUCAAACCAUCACAACCACUCUCGUCUGUGCCACUUGACCUUAACACGUUAUUAGAAAACCUGACUCGGACUGGCCUCAUUGAUGCCAAAGCACAUGACAAAGUCAAGAAUAAGAAAGAGGAAUUAGAGAAAAAGAAAGAGGAGGAGGAGGAGGAAAAAGAGAGAGAGAAAGACGAGCUGAUAUCAUUUGAAUUUAUGUUCAACACAGAGCAUCUCCGAAGACGAAGAAAAUGGCUAAUUGAGUGUCUAUACCGUGGGAUGCAGUGUUCGUCGUGUGGGUUACGAUAUCCUCCUGAACAAACCCUCCAGUACUCCCAUCACUUGGAUUGGCACUUCCGGCAGAAUCGACGCCAACAAGAAUCAACAAAAAAAGCAAAUACACGAAGAUUCUAUUUCUCUACUGAUGAUUGGUUACAAUAUGAAGAAAUUGAAGAUGUUGAGGAAAGAGUGCCUAGUAUGUUUGAAUCUGAGGGCAUGGAUGAGGCCAUACAAGCAGAAGAUGCAGAAGAACCAAGUGUGGCCGUGUCUUCGGACUCUACGUUAGGAGUGUGUCCUAGCUGCCACGACACCUUCUCCCAGUUCUUCCAUCAGGAGACUGAGGAAUGGAGGUAUCACAAUGCGAUCCAAGUUGAAGGGGUUAACUUCCACCCAGCCUGUCACCAGGAUAUGCUUAGGGCUGAAGCAGCAGAGAAGGAAGCAGCUGAGAAAGAAGCAGCAGAGAAGGAAGCAGCUGAGAAGGAAGCAGCAGAGAAGGAAAAGGCAGAGGAGGAGAAAGAAGAUGGUGAAAAGGAAAAAGGAGAAGAGGAUAAAGAAGAUGGGGCUGAGAAGAAUAAAGAGGACAAGGAGGAUUCAGACCAAGCACCAGAGAAAGGAGCCGACAAAGGGAGUGAGGAGGUACCAGUGGAUAGUCAAGGUUCAGUGACGGAGAAACUAGAGGAGAUGUCCCUGGAGUCUAAGUCAGCUCUACGCAUCAAAGAGGAGCCAAUGGAAGUUGAAGAAAUUGAUCUCGAUGGUGGAAAUUCAUCGCAGUCUCUCCCAGUGGGUAUGAUGAUCAAGCAGGAGGUGAAACAGGAACCUGCCGAAUGCAACGAAGCCGAUCUCAUUUCCAGAUCACCUGAGGACGAAGAUGAUUCCAGCAUUUUGCCCAAUGAGAGCAACGAAGAGAUGGUUGAACCAACGAUUGUGCCGGUUAAUGCAGCGGAAACAGACAUUGCCAGUUCCAUUGACGGGAACACAGAGCUGUCCAACUCGGGCACAUCCCAUACAAACCCCACUGUCACAAAGAUUAAAUUUAACAUGUCCAAGCCAAGUCUAAGUAACAGCAGCACCAACAACAAUAACAACAAUUUAAAUAAUAAUGAAAAUAGUAGCGAAAAUAAAAAACUUGAUCACAGCUUACUUAAUUCCAGUAGCAUUGAGGAAGACAUAGAAGAAUUUGUACCGCCACCAUUCACAGUAGACUACGAGCUGAAGCCGUCUUUCAAAGAUGUUGAAUUGAUAGAACAGCCAUCAGUAGGACGUGGUGUGGAGUUGUCUGGGCUGUGCUCAAUUAUGUAAACUUCAUUAAUAAUUAUGCCGAUGAAACCCCAUUCUAAAUUGUGAUUGAAUGAACAAUGCAUUUUAUUAUGACGUGUGUUAAUUGACAUUUCUCACAAUUUGAUGUUUUUAGCUCAUCUGGAAGCACUAGGAAAUUGUUGCUUGUACUAUAAAAAAGUAUAAUAGUGCAGUGUGUAUUUAAGGUGUAAUGUGCACUGUGGAUUAAAACAGUUGUUGAGUUCCCAGAUGAUGGGCAUUCUAAACUAGAUUCUCAUUAUUUGUGUGUGUGUUGAGUUGUGAUGAGACGUCAAAGUUUUAUUUUCAAAAUGGAUGAAAAAGUCUUGGUGCUGAGGGUUAUUCUGCACCAAAUUUCAAGCUCGUAUUCUUCCUUCCCGAGUCACAAUCUGCAGGUAUUAGUCGUACAGCAAUGCUUAUUAUUUUUCAUUUUAUUUAAAAUUCCUCUUCUUAGAGUAAAGUUCUCUAUUUUCAAUCACUUCUAUUUACAGUAAAUAUUUUUUUUUAUACUUUUUAGUUUGGGAUUACCAGUGAUUUACAUCUCGGUUGGAAUAUUUGUGAUGCAAAUUUUAAAAUAAAUUGAUUUCUUAACAUUCAAACAAUUUAAUCCUGGUUAAUUCAUUUUUGGAAUGAUGUUAUCUUUUCUGAACAUAUUAAAUUGAGGUACUGUACUUCAUUACUGAAAAAAAAAUAUUUUAUAUUGAUCAUGCAGGGAAAUAUCAUUGACAUUAAUAUAGAUGCUUCUCCAUAAUGUUCUUGAUGAUUUUGGUUAUGUAUUUCUUAAGAAGUCGACAGUUUGUGUACUGGCUCGACAGAAAAUUUCGACAAAAUCUUUUUGCCUUUACCAAAUUCAUGCAGUUUUCACUCUACUGAUGUAUAGUGACAUUUUUACUUUGGCUGCCGUAAGUUAUUGAAUAUAAAAUAUACAGUAUGUGUGUAAAUCACGAAAUUUAAAGUAUAUAUGUACAAGGGUACGGCUCAUUAAUGCUCAAUCUGUACUACGUGUGUCUACUCUGGUGGCAUAUAUUUUUAUGAGUGUUAUGAUUGUAUGAUGGGAGAGUUUGUCGGCUGUCAUGUGUCCAUUGUGUUGAAUGAAGUGCCUCUAAUGCAAAAAGAAAAUUGUCAGCCUCUGUAGUAGAAAUAUCUGUGCCUCGAAAGAUGAGUUUUGGGUGUAGGUGGGUGAAUGAUAAUUUAAAUGACCAUACCAUGUCCAUUGUUAAAUGAAUGUGGUCAACACAUUCGUUUCUACGAUUCUGGCUGUGCAAAGUAUUGACGUUCACCAUUCUUCCAAAUGUUAUGUGGAUGUUUGUUAGGUUUGCGUGUGUAAAAAAGAUGAAGUCUAGUCCUAUGUUAUUUCACAAUGUAUAUUUUCCAAUCUUAAUACCAGAUAAGAAUGUGCCAUUAUGCAACAUGUUAGCAUGCCACAAAGCAGUGGUGUCUGUUAAGAUGUGAAGCUUUGCAAAGAAAUUAGUUCAUCUUGCAUCUUGAAAUAAAAAAAGAAGUACUGUACUCAAUGUGUAGGCUGGGUUUAGGCUCUCAACAAUAUACAAUGGUUACCAUGUAGUGAUAUGAUUGAGGCAGGCACCAGCCCUGCCUAGUGGCUUAACAUGGCAGAGUUCUGCAUGCAGGCUCAAUUGUUGUGAAUAUAGUUUUUCAUUUUUAUAUUAUAUACAUAGAGUAUAUAUAUAUAUAGUUUUGUACAUUUGUAAAUUGUAAAAUAAAUUAUAUUUUCCUAAGUUUCUUUCCUUCAUUUCACCCUUAGAAAAAUAGCUGUAUAUAGGUCAUAUCUAUUAGUUUUAGCAAGUGAUAUUUGUUUAAUUCAUAUUUAUCGAAGUAACAUUAAAAUACAAAAAUACUUGUUUUUGUUUCAUUUUGUGGUAUUCCUAAGGAAGCAAAAUAAAAUUAUUAUAGCAAGUGUAAUAAUGUAUUGUUCUCAACAGAAAAUGUUUGUGAUUAUUAGUGAAAAUGCUUUGAAGGUUUUCUUGUAAUAUCUAUAGUUAAAAUAAUAAAUUGGAUAAAUGGU